AAUUUGUCGCUCAACAAACUUGAGAAUGCAUAGAGUAAGAUAGAGUGAUUAUAGACUUAACAAAUUGAUUUGUGUUCAUUAUGAAUUUGUGUUCAACAUCAAAAUGUAUCUUUGGAGAAUCCGGUCAGGGCGCCAUUUUCCAAACCUCAAAAUUCUUGCUUCAUUUCACUCCCACCAAAUCAAGAUUUCUUCCCCACAGCCACAGUCACAGCCACAGCAUGAAAUCCCAGCAGCAGAGCCCAACGAAAUUGAAAUCAUCGGUGUAUCCAACACCUUCCAUUGGACAAGAUGCAUCCACAAGCUAUGCACGGUCGACGGCGACGCCGAUGCCGCCCUCCGCCUCCUGCACCAGCUCCGCCGCCGCGGAUUCCAGCCCGACUCCCUCAACAUCAGCAGCAUCAUCCACGCUCUCUGCCACGCCAGACGCUUUGAAGAAGCCCACGACCGCUUUCUCGCCUUCAUUUCCUCCAACUGCGCCCCCGACGAGCGCACCUGCAACGUCCUCAUCGCGCGCCUCCUUGACGGAGGAGAUCCCCACCGCACAUUUGGCGUGAUCAACGCGCUGGUCGCAGAGAAGCCGGAGUUUGUGCCGUCUUUGGUGAAUUACAACCGUUUGAUUGAUGGAUUGUGUAAAUUGAGGAGAUUGGGAUCCGCUCAUUUGAUGUUUUACCAAAUGUUAAUGAGGGGGCAUUGUCCUACUGUUGUCUCGUACACCACUUUGAUCAAUGGGUAUUGCGCGAUUGGGGACAUGGAAGCUGCGCAGAAGCUGUUCGAUGAAAUGUCUGAGAGGGACGUGCGCCCUAAUGCGCUUGCUUACUGCGCUUUACUUGGUGUGGUUUUGAAGAGAAGGGAGUUUGAGAAAGGGAAAGUCUUGAUAGGAAAAAUUUGGGAGGUCAUGGAAUGCACCUACGAAGUGAAAGUUAAUGGUGCAGCAUUUAGCAAUGUGAUUGAUUGUUUGUGUAGAGAAGGGUUGUUUCAUGAGGUGUUUAACAUUGCAGAACAUAUGCCACAGGGAAACAACGUUCGCGAAGAGUUUGCUUACGGGCAAAUGAUCGAUUCACUGUGUAGGUUCGAGAGGUACAAUGGUGCUGCGAGAAUUGUUUAUAUAAUGAGAAAGAGGGGAUUUGCUCCAAGUUCAGUUUCAUAUAAUUCAAUUGUUCAUGGUCUAUGUAAGGAUGGUGAUUUCUUGAGGGCUUUUCAGUUGCUCGAAGAAGGCAUGAGUCAUGGUUACUCGCCUUCCGAGUUUACUUAUGCAAUCUUGGUUGAGGGUCUUUGCCACCAAUGUGAAGUAGCUAAAGCAAACCAAGUGCUAAACGUGAUGUUGAGUAAGCAAGGCGUGGACGCGGCUAGGAUAUACAAUAUCUAUUUGAGGGCUCUUUGUCGUAUGAAUAACCCUUCGGAGCUUCUAAACGUGCUUGUUCUGAUGCUCCAGACCAACUGCCAGCCUGAUAUCAUUAGCCUGAACACUGUGAUAAAGGGGUUUUGCGAGGUGGGAAGAGUCGAAGAGGCUUUACAGGUGUUGAACGAUAUGAUCACGGGUAAAUUUUGUGGUCCAAAUGGGGUGACCUUCACUACUAUUAUGCAGGGACUUCUGAACGCGGGUAAGGCUGAAGAAGCACUGAAAUUCUUGAUUCAUGUGAUGCCGGAGAAGGGUCUCCCCCCCGGUGUGGUGACGUACAACGCUGCGCUUCGUGGAUUGGUUAAACUCGGGCGAGGCAGAGAAGUUAUGCAAGUAUUGGGUCAUAUGGUAUGUGGUGGGGUGGCUGCUGAUUGCGUGACUCACACGAUCAUAAUUGAAGGGCUGUGUGAGCUGUGUUGGAUCGAUGAAGCUAUCAAGUUUUGGAGCAAGGUGGUGUGGCCUUGUGGAGUUCAUGACAACUUCGUGUAUGCUGCUCUGCUGAAAGGGCUUUGUGGUGCAGGGAGAUUUAGUGAGGCGUGUCACUUGCUGUAUGAACUGGCAGAUUGUGGAGUGGCUGUGAACAAUGUGAACUACAACAUUGUGAUUGAUUGUGGUUGCAAGUUGGGAUUGAAGAAGGAGGCGUAUCAGAUUGUGGGCGAGAUGAGGAAGAAUGGCAUGAGGCCCGACCCAGUCACGUGGAGAAUAUUGGAUAAAUUGCACCAUGCAGUUGGAACAAACCAACUUCAACUCAUCUGAGGCCGUUUCUGAUCAUUUUCUAUCAAUGGGCUUUUUUUUUCAAUUAAUAAUAUUGAACAAAAUAUUUAAAAAUUAUGUACCUGUAAAUUUGAACCCAAGAUUUUUAAUUUUAGACACUAACCAAUCUAUGGCUUGACCAGCACUGUCAAUAUCAAUGGGCUUUUGGUUCUUCAA